GGUUGAUCUACAAGUUGGCACACGCUUGUCACAUUCGCAAGUGGAAACAUAAAUGCGGCAUGCGUCGCCCAUCACUGGGACAGAAUGAAGACGACCUCAGUCGUCUGACAACGAUCAUAUCCCCGACCAGCAUCAGUCUUUCGUCAAACGGUCUGUCCGACCCGGUGGUGGUCGUCGUAGCAAACGAACACCAUGAUGUCGUUAGCUGUGGCCGGUCGAAAGCGAACAGCAUUAGCAGCAGCAGCAGCAGUAGCAGUAGCAGCAGCACCAAUGGCGCCAGCAACACAACAAGCAACAGCACCAGCAACUGUCCUGCAAGCAUCAACAGCAUCGGCGCUGGUGACGUUGGUGCUGAUGGGAGCAGUACGGGUAGUAGAGGUAGCAGCACCAGCAACAGUAUCAGCGAUGGAGUGAAGGAGACCGGAGGGAAAAACAGCAGCCAUAGCAGCAGCACAUGCAGUGCUAGUGUUGUCGGUGGUGGUGGCUGCGGAAGCUCACUACCACCACCGACAGUGCUGGUCAAUCAGUACUUGCCGAAUUUGAUCAACUCGUCCGAAUGGCAAAAUUGCCGCAAGCGCAAGGAGCGCCAGGACAGCACGUCCUCAAUCAGCCAGGAUCGGAAGCUAAUACGAUCGAAUAGCGAGGAACAUUUGCCGAACUGCCAAGAGGUUAUUCGGCGUGUGUCAUCGCAUGAGGACUUCAAGAAGCGCGCAGCGGGUGUCGUGUCGGUAGAGAUCUCGAUCGACAAGGAAAACAUCAUUACGGAAGAAGCGAUAGAGGGCGACGGCGAAGACGAAGGGCAGCAGUUACAGCAGCAGCAAGUGUUUGAGAAGAACCUGAAGAACAGUGCAGAUGAUCUGAAAAAAUUUUUCAUUGGUAGCGUAGAAAAUGUCGGCAAUGGUAGUAUUGGUAAGGAACAUCAGUCUCAUCAUCACCAUCACCACGGCAACCAUACGUAUCACCAUCUCGGAGGGCAUCAUCAUUCACACCAUCUGCACCAUACUGGUGGCAAGGCUCUACAGCAGUCACACCACAGGCUAUCACCCUGUCGCGAUAUCCUCAAAUCUCGCCGGGACUCGGACAGUGAGCAGGAUGGUGAACAUGAGCGACGGCGUCACUGUGAGCGGUUCUCGAAGACACGUCCACCACCGGGUCGAAAGUCAGUUUCACCUCGUGCCCGCAGUAGCUCGAAACAUUCGAAGCUUGCGGCAAAAGCGGCUACCGCUGGUGGCACCGUGUUGCUGGCGGGAAACGAACAGUUUUAUUCCAAGCACGAUACGCACCCGAGUGGUGGCAAAUCAGACCGGCGCCGAUCAUCGAGCAAGCACCGGGAACAACAGCUUGCAGUGAUCCCACACGAUAGUGAUACACCGAUGGGUGAUAUCAACUUUAUGCCGCUUUCCGAUUACAACGAUAACAAUGUGCUGGAAAAAAAUCAAGCCGUAGAAGAAGCGGCUGCUCAGGAAACGAUUGCACUUAUCGAUGAGCAGACGGAGGUGGAGGAACAGGAACCGGAACCGCUAUCCCCACGCGAAAAGCUUCCCUGGGGUCAAUCGUACCCGGACGAUAUGCCAGCGAUCGUGUGCCAGCGCUUCUCAGACGACAAGUUCGAUCACGCAACACGCAUGGACUCCGUGUCCCACGCCAAGCUACGUCCCGUCUCGUCCGGUGGUUCUUUGAAGCUAUACGGUGCGCACCACCGAAGCGCCGAGACCGCACCACCGUCGGGAAUGCACCAUCAUCACCAUCAUCAAAAACCGGGUGCAACACCAGCGGCCAACAAUAUGUUUGAUGAUCGCAUAAAAGCGAUCAAUCGAAAGCUGGGUGGACUGAAAAAGAAGCUAACGCAGUUCGAAGACAGAUAUGAACGCGAACACGGUAGCAGGCCGACACACGUCGACAAGUCGGCCGAUCCAUCCAUCAAGAGUAUCGUGGUGGAGAUGCACAAGUUGCGGAAGGAGAAGAACCAGAUCAAGGCGGACUUAGUUGUGUUUUCCGCCAAGGCAACGAGCUCGUCCAGUCAGCGAUCAUCCGGAGAAAUCACUGCAGAUGAUGCGGCCGAAGAGAAUAGGCUGGCAAAGAUGAAGGAUACGAUCACCGACAUUGAAAAGCGCCUUUCGGAGAAACGCGAUAUAGAUCAUCGAAGUGAGAAUCUAGACCUUCUAUCGAAUGAGCAGCUGACGGAAGAGAAAGCCUCCGUACAGCGUGCCCUGUUGUAUCUCGAGUCGAUGUACGGCCGACCGGCGAGCCGCGAGGAACGAGAUGCGGCCCGUCCGUUGUACGACCGUUACCGGGUAAUCAAGCGGCUUGUGAACCGUGCCAAUUCUAUCAGUGGCCCGUGCGGUGUAGCCAACUCUCAGAUGCCGACCAUCCUCGAGCAUGAAGCGCUGGCCAUCGUCGGCACGACGACCCCGUCCACCGACAUCUCGCCCCCUUCCGCAACCUCCAUGCUGCAGUCGCCCACGGACGGCCAGACUGCCGGACCGCUGUCAACGGAUGAGUCUGAGGGCACCGCAACGACGACUAGUGGUUCCGUAACUGAAAACAUCCACUCGAUGACGACGGACGAACUAUGGCAGCACUACGAUGCAACGCGUGAGGAAAAGAAGGAGCUUCGUCGCACGAUCAAGGAUUUCGAACAGCAAUUCGAGGAAACGACCGGGCGCAAGAUGUUGAAAUCAGACCGCAAGGCGAUCGAGGACACGUAUGCUCUCUACAAGCAGAAAAAGGCCAAGUUGCGACUCAUUGAUGCGCUCUUUAAGAAGCAAAUGCACGCUUAAUCGAAACGAAGCGGAGAUAUGUUAAUGUUUAACGAAACCGCUUUUCAGAUGGAACUGCUGAUUCAAUUUUGGGUAUUAUUUCUCUCGCAUUAGAUAUUACCCCUAAAGUUUUGUUUGUAUUUGGUAACGAGUGUUCUCAGCAUAAUGCAGACCUAUUCUUCUUUUGUGCUUUAGGCUUAAGGGUUCACUGGCCUACUGCUAUCGGAGGAAUCAACCCGGUUCCAUCUAAAACAAUCUGAGCACUGAAAAGAGAUUUUUUAUUUGCCAAACUCGGAAAAUUGCAAAGCUUUCAUUAAAAAAAUGAGAGAAAGAGAGCGAGGGAGCAAGUGAGAAAGAUCUUCGUAAAGCACAUAAAGGGAGUGAAAAAAAUGACAAGUUAAUCAAAUAACGAAUCUUUUUAUUACUACUAGUGACUAAGACUAUUUUGCGUCAAAACACAAAUGUGUUUGUCAAUUGUUUUCUCUUUGAGUUUCUUUAUUCGAAUGUUUUAUUGUUUUACUAUUUUUAUUGUUUCUUUUGAUUUUUUACUACUACUUUUCUGUGAAGCUGGGAAAUUGAUGCAUGAAUGUUGGCAUUUAAAAUGCCUUGCUAUAAUAGUAACAGUUCUUCAUUCAUUUGAGGUUGGUUUCUUUUUGAUUGGAAAAUGAACUUAGUUUAGCUUUCUGUUCGAUUGAUUGCGUCACACGUGGUGUCUAUAAACUGUUAUUAAUCUAUUAGAAAGACUAUUGCAUUGUUUUAAGUAUUUUAGACCUUAGGAGUUUAGAGGGCGUUGCGGAAGGUUAAGCGGAAACAAUAUACAGAUCUAGAGGGUGAAAAAAAGAAAGAUACUAAUUCUAAGCAGUGCAUAUGUUAACGAGUUGAUAAUGUGAGGGACGAUCCGAGGGUCGACAAACAGGAGUUAGAUGACAUUUAAAGAUGGAGCGACGCUGAAUACGUUAGUAAGUAACAUACUGAAGCAGUACAAAAACGCUGCAACCCUUACACAUGCAUUGAGGUUUGAAAAAACGAAGUAAAACAAACGAAAUGUAACAAAUAAAUAAAAAAAACCUUACAUUUACCCAUACACAUUUUUUGCUGCAUUAGUAAGCGCCAUUUGAGAACAAGCGCAAUGGAAGGAUAACAUGUAGUCUGGCGGGAUAUGAACAUUGACGAAAAGUUUAUAAAAGAAAAACUAAAAAACAUUUAAAGCUACGUGAUGCAACGGAAACAAAGAACAAAUUAACAAAAUCUAUAUAUAUAUACAUAUUUACAAAAUUAAAACCGUGAGCGACGGAACCGUAGAAAAAAUGGAGAUGGAGCAAGAAAAAAGAUUUGUUUUCUUUUGGAGCAUCUUUGGCGUUGAAUAUGGGAAGAGACUGUUUGUUAAAAAAAAGCGAUUGAUUAGCUAAUAGGAAAAGAGGAAGAAUCCUGAACCGGAAACGAUUUGUAUCUGUAUAUGGUUUUGAUUGUAAAUGGCACUGAAUAUGUGCUAGAUAGAUACAUCGAUUAAAUUUGGUCCUUUUUUGCUUGUGCUGCAACUUAUUUUGUCGAUAUGAAUAUCUACUUUUAUUAUAUUACAUCUAUUUUUAUUACGAUCGAGGCUAAUCUCUUCAUCCAACCGAACAGCGAGAUCAUCAACAUGAAUAGCCAACCAACAUAUUUCACGCCCAUAAUAUAUGGUAUCAACAAUAGCGAAACAUAGGUCAACUAUAUAUAACGAGGAGAAACAGGGGUUUGUGUGAGAAUAAUAUCUACCGUUGGGUGAACUUUUUUACCGCCGCAACCCUUGGGCCAAAUCGAAAUCUUAUCUACUAUCUUCCGGUAAACGAAACAAAAGUCUACUCCUUUCGUCCCUUUAUGAUGGAUAUUUAAACAGCAACACACCACACACUAUUUUAUUAAAACCUAAUCGACCGGUUUGGGGGUCUAAUAGAAUAGCAAGAAAUAGCUCACUGCAAUGGUUCAGGAGUUCUUAAAAUGAUACAUGAUUCACGUACAGCAACAGCGCACUCCACACGAGGCGGAGAAUGUGGUGUGAUUGGCGCAAUUACGUUUGCAACACAAAAAAAAAGAACAUUUAACUUUACUGUCCGCAUGCAUGGUUUUUGUAGCUCUUUAAAAGGCAUACUAGUACUAAUAUAUUAUUACGAUUACGAAGUAGGAUCAGUACCAGUUUGCAAUGAUAAUUGAUCCCGAUCAUGCUAUAAGGUGAGCGAAAGAAACGCCUGUAGGCUAGUAGGAUCGAUAAUGUUCUCAAAGAACAAUCUAUUAACCGUAAGUGUAGCGGACGUGCGUGAGAAGGAUACGUUGUAGAAAAGCAAGAAAGGAUAUGGGGAGAGAAGCAGUGAGCAUUAAGACGUUAUGGCGCACGUAUGAACGAUAAUUCGCUAGUAAGUAAAGAAAACAUUAUUACGAUGUGAACACGUAUGAACGUUAAACUGGUCAAAAAAGGAAAUGAGGAAUGGUUCUACAAGAAUAAACCGAUCGUGUGACAUAAUAUUGAA